GUAAAUCAAUGCUGUAGCAGUGUAGGCCUAUAGUGAAUCAACGCUGUGUGAAGAGAGACGUUGAGCUCGUGCAAAUCAUUUGUUGUAAAUCACCCCAAACCUAACUUGGAUUCGACCGCCAUGAUGGAGGAGGUGAAGCCGUACCCGGUCCAGCCGUCCGGGGAGACCCUGGGUUACUAUGACCCUCACAACCCUCCUGCAGACAGCAUUACCGAACCAAAAUCAGAGAACGCUAAGACUGACCCUGACCAGAUGGACAUCGUGAAGGCCACACAGUAUGGUAUGAUCGACCGAGUGCGUAAGCUGGUUGACGAAGGAUAUGAUGUGAAUGAACCUGAUCCAGAGAAUGUUACGUUAUUGCACUGGGCUGCAAUCAACAACAGAGCCGAGAUUGUGAGAUAUCUCGUUUCCAAAGAAGCCAUCCUUGACAAGCUGGGCGGGGACCUGAACUCCACCCCCCUCCACUGGGCGGUGCGCCAGGGGCACCUCCCUAUGGUGGUCCUUUUGAUGCAGUACGGGGCUGACCCCUCCCUUAGGGACGGGGAGGGUUGCAGCGGCAUACACCUAGCUUGCCAAUUUGCCCACACACCUAUUGUAGCAUAUCUCAUAGCUAAAGGCCAGGAUGUCAAUAUGAUUGAUGGUAAUGGUAUGACACCGUUGAUGUGGUCUUCUUAUAAAGCAUUCUCGAUGGACCCUACUCGUCUUCUCCUCACUGUCGGAGCGAACCCUAACAUCCAGGACAAGAAGUUCGAGAAUGGUGCCCUCCAUUGGGCCGCAGUGCAAGGCAACAUGGCUGCCAUCAACUGCCUAGUCAAGUUUGGAGCCGACACCUACAUGGAAAACAAAAGCCAUCAGACAUGUAUGGACCUGGCGAAGCUAAGGCGGAACGGAUACUUGAUUAUGAGAAUAAAAGAGUUCAGAGGGGAAGCAGAGGUUGACAAUUCAACGAUAUUAAAGAGACUCAAAUCAAAUAAGACUGUAAGGAAACGUGUGAUGCAAAUUGUUCCGUUCUUGGUGAUCUUCCUGAUGGGUGCCAUACCUCAACUCAGUCAGCCCUGGUGGGUUAAACUGAUCGCUGCACUCUGCACCUAUGGAGUGGUGUACACGCUGUUCAGGACGUUUUUUGAUCACCGAUUUGGCGAGCUUGUUUCACUCUGCAUCUCUUUUUCAACAAAGUUUUUCCUCCACACCACCUAUGCUUACUUCCUGUGGCCUCAUCAGUCUUUACUUCACAAUGUGAUCUUCUUUGCGUCCUCCGUCUGCAUGUAUUAUCAAUUCUGGGCAACGAUGAAACGAGACCCAGGGGUUAUCCAGUGUUCUCAGGAAGACAGGAAAAGAACCAUCAUAGAGUUAGCAGAGACUGGGCAGUUGGAGUUGAGUAAAUUCUGUACGACAUGCCUGAUCAAACGACCAAUCAGAAGCAAGCACUGUUCUCACUGUGACCGAUGUGUGGCUAGGUUUGACCAUCACUGCCCGUGGGUAGACAACUGCAUCGGAUCUGGCAACCACCAUCAUUUUGUUCUGUACCUGACGGCUCUACUACCUUGCCUAGUCUUAUACUUCUAUGCAUGCAUCAACUACUGGUCUGAAGAGUGUACCACAAGCUUUGAAGAGGAUGGGUUCUGGGCCUAUCUCGGUCAGAUCAUGUCCUGCUCGCCAUGGAUUUUCUGGACCUCUCUCAACUCCUUGCUCCACAUGACCUGGGUCAUUGUACUCUUGGCCAGUCAGCUCUUCCAGAUGAUCUGGCUAGGUGUCACAACAAAUGAAAGACUCAACAUGUCACGCUACACACACUUUGAACAGGUUCCAGACAAACCCGGAAAGUUCAUCAAUCCGUUCGACCGGGGAGUCGUCAAGAACUGUGUGGACUUCUUUGGUCUGCGCUGCUUGGGGUUAUGCCGCCCUCUGAAGAUCAACUGGGGCAGGCAGUUCACGACCGAUCUCACCCAGUCGUCCUCAACGACCUACGUCAGUGUCAGCAACCAUGAGAACUACCAGUUUGUGUAGCCCGAUGGCAUUACCGCUGGCAAUGCUUACUACGAGACAGUCUAGAGUCUAGAGAAUGACAAAUGGCAGUUUGAAGUGUGUUUUUAACUGGUAGUGGUUUGUAUUUAACUCUACAAUGGCCAGAGCUAACAAGGUGACAUGUCAUAACGUGUGUUUGGCAGAAGAGCGUAAAUAGGUGAUUCUUUGCAUUAUUUCUUGUAUGACACAAGUCGUUUCUCCGAGUAUUUCUUCAAAAAAUUAGAAAUUGCUUGUUAAGACCAUUUACUAAAUUGUAGUGAUCCCAGAAAGUACCAUCAGUUGGUGAUCAUGUCCAUUAAAUUCAGGAUUGUAUAGAUGGAGAAGAGACUCGGCCAAAUAUUAGAAAUUGCUUGCCAAGACUAUCAACUAAUUGUGGUGAUACCAGAAAAAACCUUUAGUCAGCGAUCAUGUCAAAUAAUUUUUGGAUUGUAUAGAUGGACAAAAGACUUUUAUCUCACAGAAACACCCAAACACGGUUUCUUUAGUCAAAUUUCUUAACAGUGUGAUUGCCGAAAUGAUAAACUAUUGUUAACAGUUGGGUGACACCUAGACUGAAAAGUGUCACAUGCGUCUAGUCAAAGAACAUUAAAAGUUAUUAAAUAACCUCUUCUCGAUAUGAAAACUACAUUUCUUGCUUGUCCACUCGUGCGCUUCUGCCAGGCACUCAGUGAGAUCUGUCAAUCACUGAUAUUUAAUUCUUUUGUUUUUAACGUCUUUCCAUUGCCUCCUCUUCCACUUGUUUCUCAUCACGGUUCCCAACCUUCCAAUUUUACUUUCUUUGCCUGGGUGAAGUCUGCGAAGGAUUUCAGGUUGACCUUUGACCUUCCGGUAUUCCCAUGAUGCACUUUGUCUGUAGUUGCAACAAUACCUGUCAUAUAUAGUUCUAAUCAAAAGUUGCGCUGUGUGAUCUGACAUUUGCCGUUGGAUGACACUUGCUCCAAAGUUCUAAAAAUUGACUGUAGAGUUUUUAUAGCUGGAGCAUGUCUUACAAUCAUACUUACUUUUAUCUUUGUUCGUCAGUCUAGAGAUAAUCAUUAUAAAUAUUUCAUGUAGCAUCAGAUAUAGACAAUUGGAUUCACAUGUUAUGUAUAGAUGGUCUUUGAAGGUUAGCUUAUGCAUGGUGGUGUGUAUGAAUUCAUAAGGUUGCGAUUUCAUCAUGUGGGUAGUCCUGAAUAGGGCGGUGGAUUUGAAAGGGGAUAGAAAGGAAUUGAGAGAGGUAUUCUUUUGGUUGGGUCCUCUGGAGGACUUCUUGGUAUUGCAUGGGUAGAGACCUUUAGAGAAAUUAAAGCCCAUCUGCAUUUGUUUGGCCAGGAGGGAUUAGAACUCCAGGCAUGAUCAUUGACAGUUGGUUAUCUCAUCAAAUCAGCUCUCAAUUAACACAAAAAAAGGGGACCAUGGGGGACCAACGGUCACCGCUUUGGCAUUGUUUGCUACAUGGAGGGCGCAAGUAGCUAUACGUAGUGCAGCAGGCUUUAAGAGGGGCAUUCUUUUGUGAGAGGAGUCCUCAAAAGGAAAGAAAAGGGUUGGUGAAGUCCGUUCAGGACUCUUCUCGCGAAAGGAUACUUCUUUAAAUUUCUCUACAUGUCUCUUUCCAUACAAUUAGAAGUAGUCCUCCAUAGGAC